CACAAAAUGUAUGUUAAACAUAACAAAGUGUAAACGAUUAGGAAAAUUAGGUUUAAGAAGCGACGUAUAUGUCUUUUUUUUUUAUGGGGAAUUGUAGAUGUAUAUGUCUUCAUUGAAUCACAAACGUGAAUUUAAGGAGUUUAGAAUUGUAUUAUUUUGGUAUUUUGAUAGAGAAUGAAUGACAGAUGAAUCUAUUAACUUGUAAUUGAAGGACCAAAUAGACCGCUAACAUUCUAGUUGUUAUUAGGGUAACAACUUGUAAUGGCGCCAUCUGCCCAUUCCAGAUUUCCAGUUCAGAAGAAUUAUCUUUUUCCGCUAAAGUGGGACUCAGCCCUCAGGCGAUACCAUUUCCUCUGUUCCUCAUUUCGGCGUUCACAGUGGAAAGAAAACAACGAUGCUCGUCUCGCCGCGCUCUGUUGUUCCUCCGCAAUCCUCGCCGUUUUUCUCUUCCUCCUCCUUCAAUCGGAACCCUAGGCGAUUUCGUCCGGAGUUCCUCGCCAGAUUCCUCUCAGCUCGUUGCUGCUCGACUUCCGCCUCCUCCCCCGGCGAGAACGCGACUCCGCGGAGCAAUUACGCCGGCACGAGAUUGGACGAGACCGUCGAGACUGGUUCCGGAAAGCUCCGGCUCGAUUCCUGGAUCUCUACUCGGAUUUCCGGAAUCAGUAGAGCUCGCGUCCAGUCCAGUAUCAAGACCGGUCUCGUCAGCGUCAAUGGCAAGGUCGUCGAUAAGGCUUCGUAUAACGUUAGAGGCGGAGAUGAGAUCCGCUGCACAAUCUCGGAGCUCCAGCCGCUGAGAGCUCAGCCGGAGAACAUACCGUUGGAUAUAGUUUACGAAGACGAACACGUUCUCGUUGUUAAUAAACCUGCAGAUAUGGUCGUUCAUCCGGCGCCUGGAAAUCCUACGGGAACGCUCGUGAACGGGAUUCUUCACCACUGCAGUCUUCCAGGACUCGCGUCUUCAAAUCAGGAAAUUAUCACAGAUCUAGAGGAUCUUUCCGAUGAUGAAGAUCUAGCUUCCAGCUCGAAUGCAGCAUCUAUUCGGCCUGGAAUCGUGCAUAGAUUGGACAAAGGCACCAGUGGAUUACUUGUAGUCGCUAAGGACGAACAUUCGCAUGCUCACUUGUCUGAACAAUUCAAGCAACGUACCAUCAGAAGAGUGUACUUGAGUCUUACUGCCGGUGUCCCUUCACCGGUAUCUGGACGAGUAGACGUUCCAAUUGGCCGUGAUGUCCAUAACAGGAUUCGCAUGGCUGCUAUCACUGGACCAAUGGCCAGAGGGAAGGCCCGUCAUGCUGCUAGUAGGUAUAAGGUGAUCGAUACUCUUGCUGGUGGUGGUUCAGCAUUAGUUGAGUGGAAACUAGAAACUGGGCGUACUCACCAGAUUCGUGCACAUGCCAAAUAUAUCGGAUGCCCAUUGCUAGGUGACGAAGUCUAUGGAGCGACCAGAAGCAUGGCUCUGUCGCUGCUUCAACCCAAACUAUCUCCAAGCUACCAUGGUCGACUUCUAGAGUUGCUUUCGGAGUUAGAUAGGCCUUGCCUGCAUGCUUUCUCCCUUGGGUUUAACCAUCCACGUACAGGGAAAGAAAUACAUUUCUCAUGCCCUCCUCCCCCUGAUUUUGAGAAGAUGCUAAUCCAGCUCCGUAAAAUGAGCACAGAGACGAAAAAGGUGAUGACUGCAUCAUGAGGUUCAGACAUUAUGCCAGAGCUAGUGGGGCAAAAUCAAUCAAUACCAGGUCAUUGAACACGUUUUCAGAGUCAUCGACAUGGAACUGCUAGAGUACCUUCUAUGAGGUCGGUCUCUACAGAGGUAAGAGCGAUAUAGCUUUCUCUUGCCACUUGGCUUUGUUCGUUUAAUUUGUUUUCAUCAAAAUCGUUAUCACAAUCACCAGGUUUUUAAAUUUAAACAUAUGCACCCGUGGAAACAGGCGAAAAAGAAUUGCUCUAGUCCUUAUUCCUUAGUUUGAUGGAUAGAGUGAUAGAGGGUCUAAAAGAUGGAUGGAAAAAUAAGCUGCCUGCUUAAUCCCUCCUCUUCCCUCUUCACUUCAUAUGAAACUAUGCUGCCUCAUGUUCAGAAAGGUGGACGGAAUUAAUUAAUUUAUUAUAAUUUUUUUAUGGGCAAUAUAAUAUUUUUUAUUAA